ACCACCGAAAGCAUCCAAAAAAAUAACGGUAGGUUUGAUCCACUUUCCUCUUCCAUCACCUGUGACAAGACUCAGUAACCACUCCUUGGUGACGAGACUCGUAGUAACGCCCCCCUGGUCUCUGCCUUCCAACAGCCCACCGUCUCAUCUCCCUGUCUCCAAAAGUUUAAUGUCUAAAGAACCAGUGACCUUCUGAUGUCGUGAACCCAAAUGAAGAAACCAAAAUCUUUAGAAUCACAAACAUCCAUUGAUUCAAUCUUUGACCACUCCACUCCAUCACUAUAAAUACCUUCGUUGCCAUGACAACGUUAACAACAAAGCUAACAUUAACCACAAAUUAUCCAAGAAAACCAAGAAACUUUCUUCACAUUUUCAUGGCUUCACUUCUCUCUUUCUCCCUCCUUUCUCUCUUCCUCUUCCUCUCCCUCUCCUCCUCCGCCACUUUAAAGAUAAACCACCAACCCCCCACGAAACAAGAACAAAAACAAAUAUCAAAACCACCUUCAUUUGCUACAACAACCCCACCUGGGAUUCUCCAAGCUUGUAAAGCCACUAGAUUACAGGACACUUGUGUCUCUUCUUUGUCUAACGCUAAUGUCCCUCAAAAUCCAACCCCACUUCAAAUCAUCCAAUCAGCAAUCUCUGUUUCCGACACUAACCUCAAAACUGCCCAAUCAAUGGUCAAGUCUAUCCUAGAGUCGUCCGCAGGGAAUAUAGACCGCACAGCAGCCGCAAAAAACUGCAUGGAGGUGUUAAACAAUUCACAGUACCGUAUAACAAGAUCAGCGGGUGAUGCUUUGCCACGUGGAAAGAUCAAGGACGCUAGAGCUUGGAUGAGUGCUGCGUUGUUGUACCAAUACGAUUGUUCCAACGCAUUGAAGUACGCGAAUGACACGUCUCUCACCAAUCAGACGAUGUCGUUUUUGGACACCUUGAUGAGUUUCUCCAGUAAUGCUCUGAGCAUGAUCGUCUCUUACGAUGCUUAUGGCAAUGACACCAAGUCGUGGGGCCCACCAAAAACAGAACGGGACGGGGUUUGGGAACUCGGGUCUGGUGGGGAUUUAGGUUCAGAGUUGAGGGGUGGGAUUCCGUCCAAUUUAACGCCGGAUGUGACGGUAUGUAAGAACGGUAGUGAUAACGGGUGCUAUAAAACGGUGCAGGAGGCGGUCAAUACGGCACCGGAUAAUGAGUGGGGACGUAGGUACGUGAUAUCUAUCAGGGAGGGGGUUUAUGACGAGAUUGUUAGAGUGCCGUUAGAGAAAAAGAAUGUAGUGUUUUUAGGGGAUGGGAUGGGCAAAACAGUAAUUACAGGGUCGUUAUCUGCGGGCCAGCCUGGGAUUUCCACCUACAACUCAGCGACAGUUGGUCGUGGUGGGCCCCUUGACUUAGCUGGAUGCUGACUCCUCACGGCAAAUGUGAUGGCAUUUGGAUGCGAUGACAUAUGGCAUGCUGAGUCAGCAUUCACUUGUAGUCAAGCACUCGGGAACACUUAAUUUUUACCUGUUGUGAAUUGGCUCGGGUGUAAAAAAAAAAGGAAU